AUGGCAUCCUUCUCUAUUUCAUCUGUCCACCGCUCCUGUAGCUGCUUCGCGAAUCUGUAUGGCUCUGCGCAAGUAGGAAUCGAGCAGCACCAAAGAUCAUCGAUCGAUUGGGAGCAGGAGGUCGAUGAGUUCGCGGAGCACGGCCAUUGUAUCGAUUGA